AACAGUAGCCAGCCAGUAGCCCAGUAGUUAUAAUUGGUCCCACAACACUAGAACACAUAUCCUGCUAGAUUUAUUUAUCACUACAAACUUCGAAAAAUCACUCACAUGGCCACCCACCCCACCAUCACCACCACCCACAAACCACCGCUCCUCCGCCGUCACUUCUGCCCUCCGAGAUACCCUCUUUCUCCAACCACACCUUUUCUCACUUCGCAUCUUAUUCGAAAUGUUCCCGUUGAUGUUUACAGCAAACGACGUCGUUUUGUUCUUGUUCCACCGCGUGCUUUCACUGUAGAUUUAUCGAAUCAUCUGGUUCGGGAUGCCGGAGCAACUGUUCUAGUUGUUUCUGGCGCCUAUGCUUUGGUUUCCAGUUUUGAUAAUCUUACACAACGCCAAAUCAUCGAACAGAGUUUAAGCAGAAAGCUGGUUCAUAUAUUAUCUGGAUUGCUUUAUAUGGGUUGCUGGCCAAUUUUUAGUACUUCAACGGAUGCUCGUUAUUUUGCUGCUUUAGUGCCCUUACUAAACUGUGCAAGGCUUCUUGUUCACGGUCUUUCCCUUGUAACCAAUGAAGAUCUCAUAAAAUCUGUCACUCGAGAAGGAAAACCAGAGGAAUUACUUAGAGGACCCCUAUAUUAUGUUUUGAUGUUGAUUCUAUCCACUGUUGUCUUCUGGCGCGAGUCGCCAAUUGGUGUGGUUUCACUUUCAAUGAUGUGUGGUGGUGAUGGUAUUGCAGAUAUCGUAGGUAGAAGAUUUGGAAUCCAUAAAAUUCCUUACAACAAACAGAAGAGUUGGGCCGGUAGCAUCUCUAUGUUUACAGUUGGUUUCUUAAUCUCAACCGGAAUGCUAUACUACUUCUCAAUCUUUGGGUAUUUCGAGCUAAACUGGCCGUUGACAAUUGAGCGAGUGGCGACGGUUGCAUUGGUGGCGACAUUGGUCGAGUCACUCCCCACAAAAGGAGGCCUAGAUGAUAAUAUCUCGGUUCCUUUGGUAAGCAUGUUAACUGCAUAUUUGAGUUUUGGCUUCCAACCUUAAUGCCAUAUUCUUUUAGUUGUAUAUCAUACUUUUAGUUGUAUGAUUUUAAAAAUUCUAUUGAUAAUGACGAAUAAUUCGAAGAUUAUUCAAGCACUUACCACUUCGUCA